AUGAACUUUUACUCUGCACAUGACUGUGAGUCAAAGUACACAGUCGGAGAUGAAGGAAGCCCAAAACAAAAGGAAUAUAAAACAAAUGAGGAAUCAGAAUCAUAUGAAAAUAAUUCUUCGAGUGAUAGUAGCUAUUUAAGUUCCCACAAUGGUCCCGUGAUUUAUGCAAUUUGUGAUGUUGAAGAUGAUGGGAAAAUAAGGAAUGAAAAUCAUAAUCUUAACAGAAGAUUAAUUUUAUCUUUAUUAAAUGAUCAAAAUGUUUUGAGAGGUGAUUUUUUACGUAGAUACCAAAUUGAGGAAGAAGAAGCUUUUUAUGUUACAAGAGUAACGUGCAGGCACAUAAGUCUUUUCCCUAACAAAAGCCGCUGGUGGCAUAAGGGUCAAGUUAAAUACGGAUAUAGAAUAAACAAUCUGAACAAAGAGAUUGUUUCGAAGACAUUUAUUCCAGUUUUUGAGCCAGUAGAAGAUAAAGCAUGUCCAAUCUGCCUUGAGGAUUUAAUUUGUGAUUUAAUCUCUUUAAAAGGAUGCCUACACAUAUAUCACAGAAAUUGUUUUUUGGAUUAUGCUACUAAAACUAAGAAGCCAAAUGUGGUUUGCCCACUUUGUAACUGCGUAUCAUUGACUGGAAAGGGACCUUCUCCACCAGGGAAGAUGUCCUGGAACGUUAAGAAGGACUUAAAACUACUCUCUAACGGGACAUUCAUAACAACAAUUGAAAUAAAAUAUAAAAUGAAGAGCGGAAUUCAGCUAAGAUGGCAUCCUAACCCAGGAAAGCCAUACAGAGGAGUGUUUAAAAAAGCUUUCCUACCAAUCACGGCAGAUUAUCUGUUUAUUCUGAGAAUGCUAAUAAUGGCCUUUUUGGAUGGUCAAACUUUCAGGGUGGAAGACUCAAUGGAAGAUAACUGUGGUAGCAUAGAAUGGAAUGGUAUAGAACACAAAACAAAUUUAGAAGGAGGAAUUGAAAAAGGAGGAUUCCCAGAUAACAACUACAAGUCAAGAGUAAUAGAAAAUAUAUUAUCGAAAGGUCUAACAAUAUAA